AUGGCUGAAUAUCGGAAGCUUCCUCCCAUUGGACCGAGAGUUCUUUCUCCAGAACAGCAGGCUGCUCUGGAUGCCUUGGACAAGCCUAACAACCGAGGGAAGCGAAUCUCCAAGAAAGAACCCACUGAGGGAGGAAAUUCUAAGUCCUCCAAGUCCACGAAACGCAAGACUGGUGAAGGGGAUUCUUCUCAUCAAAAGAAAAAGAAGAUAAAGAAGAUGGCACGAAGUUCUAAGAGUCCCACUCCUCCACGUUCAGAACAUGACGAUGAAAAUGAAGAAGAAGUUCCUUCACCACCUCCGUCACCGAAACAGACCAUACCUCUCUCUGAUCCUAUUAUUACUCCACUAGUCUCAUCUCAACAAACAACUUUACCACCACCACCUCCCAUCAUUCCUAUUUCCACAACUCAUUUAUCAUCUCCAAUCCUUCCAGAAUCCACAACCACUACCAAUCCUAACCCCACAGUGAAUGUCAACGUAUCUGAUACGGGGGCAACUACUGUAACAGAAACCCCUGUCGUCACUAAACCUUUUUACCCUAUCCACUCCACUAAUUCUGGUGCUACCUUUGGUGGAGAAAAUGAUGAAUAUGACUCUACUUAUUUCAGUCCAUACCGGCUUCCGACUGAUGAUGAUAUUGAUACUCCUUUCACAACUCAACAUUUACAGGAAAUUCAUGAGAAGCCCGAUUGCUUACUUGACGAUAGUAAAGCUUACAGUGGUGUUGUUCUUAAAGCCUUCCUCGAAACUGCCAUUGAUCAAUACACAAAGGCUAUUGAAAAAUCUACUCAGGCAGUUGAUGCGUCUACAUCGUCUUGUAAACAGGCAACAACAUAG